AUGAGACUCUUUUUCCUCCUGCUGCUGCUCUCUGAAGAAGGCUCCUGUGAGAUGCGGGAGGCCAAAUGCCCCUGGAGGUGGGAGCAGGAUGAACUGCAGCCAAGCAAUUAUUACCGGCCAGGAGACUUCAUCUUCAGUGCCACCGUCUCUGCAGAGUGGUUCGAUUUAAGACCACACACAUUCAACAGACCUGCCUCGAAUGUGGAGGAUCGGUGGACAGGCAAAUCUCAGUUGAAAAUCAUACCCAUCCUCCUUGCCAUCCAUGAGGUAAAUGAGAAUCCCAGGCUCUUGCCCAACAUCACCCUGGGCUACAAUGUCUAUGACACCCUUUCUGAUGCUAGACUGACAUCUGAUGCAGCUGUAGACCUUCUAUCAACCACGCAGGCCCAUGUUCCCAACUACAAGUGUGGAAGGCAAAACCAUCUUCUGGCCGUCCUUGAAGAACUGGAAUCUGACGUUACGUAUUAUUUCUCUUCGAAGGUCGUGAGUGACAAAACUCAGUCCUCCUUUCUCUACCGGAUGGUCCCUGAAGACAGCAUCCAGAAGCCAGGGAUUGUCAAACUGCUGCUGCAUUUCAGAUGGACAAUGCCGCUACCAAAAUCCAGGUGUGUGGAGAGCUGCCGCCCGGGAUUCUUCAAAGUGGCUCGGGAAGGCCAGCCCAUUUGCUGCUAUGACUGCAUUCCAUGCAAAGAAGGGACCAUCUCCACUCGGGAAGAUGCAGAAAAAUGCAUGAAGUGUCCAGAAGACCAGCAUCCAAACAAUUCCCGGGAUCAGUGCAUCCCCAAAGUUAUCACCUUCCUGUCCUAUGCAGAAUAUUUGGGGAUGUCCCUCACUUGCUUGGCUCUCCUUCAAGCCAUUGCCACAGGAACAAUACUGGGAAUCUUCAGGAAAUUCCAAGAAACCCCAGUCGUCAAGGCCAACAACCGGGACCUUUCCUACAUCCUCCUUAUCUCCCUCCUGCUUUGCUCGACAAGCUCUUUCCUUUUCAUUGGCCAACCGAGAAGAAUCACCUGCCUCCUACGACAAACAGCCUUCAGUAUCAUCUUCUCAGUGGCCAUAUCCUCCCUCCUGGCAAAAACAGUCACUGUGGUGCUGGCCUUCCUGGCCACUAAGCCAGGAAACUGGGCAAGGACCUGGUUAGGGAAGGGUCUGGCCAACUCCAUAGUCACCUCAUGCUCCAGUGUGCAAGUUGUUCUCUCCACCAUCUGGCUCAGUACCUCACCCCCAUUCCCUGACUCUGACAUACACUCCCAGGCUGGGCAGAUCAUCCUGCAGUGCAAUGAAGGCUCUGUGAUCAUGUUCUAUGCUGCUCUUGGCAACAUGGGUUUCCUGGCUGCCAUCUGCUUCACAGUGGCCUUCCUGGCCAGGAAGCUGCCUGGGGCCUUCAACGAGGCCAAGCUGAUCACCUUCAGCAUGCUGGUCUUCUGCAGCGUCUGGGUCUCCUUCGUGCCCACCUACCUGAGCACGAGGGGCAAGUACAUGGUGGCCUUGCAGAUCUUCUCCAUCUUGGCCUCCAGCGCUGGGCUGCUGGGCUGUAUCUUCCUCCCCAAGUGCUACAUUAUUCUAGUGAGGCCUGACCUGAAUACCAAGGAAUAUCUCAUGAUGAAGAGCAAAGCAUAA